AUGCCCUCCUCCAACAGUGACCCCAAGGACGCCCGCCGCUCUUCUCGCCAGUACCUCCGGGCCCUCUUCCGGGAACUCGAAGAAAGAGGCGCCGACAGACUCGAUCCGACUGCUCUCAAGAGCACUGGAAUCACCAUCAAAGCCCUUGAUCUCUCACAGCCUCUCUCUGGAGCUGCAAACCAGGACCAGGACCUUGUCCCGUUCUUCCAGCCGUGGAAGCUCGACUCCCUUGCAAGCUACCCGCUCGAUCUGACCGAAGAAUCCACCAAGGAGGUGUACGGAAGUGAGCAACGCGCCUUCACACGGCGUUCCAUCGAGGAUCCCACCCUCGCCAGCUCGCUCUUCACAGACAUCUUAGCGGGCUUUAUUCAAUACGAACGAAUUGGACUCGACCGCUGUAUCAUGCGCAGCUCGGAGUGGUUUGAAUGCAAUAUCGACGACCAUUUUCUCCGCGACGAGUACCGCGUCACCUGCAGUGCCACCGACAGGGACAACCCGUACAAAGCCAUCUCCGGGCCCUCGAAUGUCAGAGCUGCAUGGCAUAUCCGCGACGACAAGACGCGGACUUCCCGAGAGCCACAUGCGCUCUUCACCAUGACGCACACUGUCCCUCCCCCUCCCCCUCCCACCGAGCAGAUCCUGCGCACAGAGAUCCUCGCCAUUCUCGGCGUUAUGCUUUCGCGGCUCAGAAGCUGGACGCUCCGUGACUUUAGCAUCAUCCCGGUUCUGCUUAUCUCCUGUUUUAACAGGUACAAGGCCCGCGUGCUCUAUGGCUACAUGUCGGACAACGGGCUGGUAAUUGCCUGCAGCUGCCUGCAUGACUUCAGCACGCAGCAAGCCCGCGACAAGAACUUCAACGUCUUCUUUUCGUGGAUGGCAAGCGAGCCAAUCGGUAACACAAAGUCUCUGAGCUUUGGCCCGAUGAUCAAGGAGAAUGUGCCGCAGACUAGACCCCAACGGCAGCCCGUCGUGCCAGUGCAGAGGGGGAUCACAAACACUGAGUUCUUUCAGCCUCCGCCUAAACCUGAAGGCGCGGCGCCAGAUCUGUUCCAGGCUCCACUUGAAGUUGAGGCUAAGAGUGAAGCUCCUGCCCCUGCCACCGUCCCAAAGCGGACGGGAAGUCCACAUGAUUCGGGGUAUGGAUCCGUGAAGGGCAGCAGCAGCAGUAGCGGAACCAGAGGCCAUAAGGGGGAUCGGUCUAGCGGCAGUGGCAGUGGAGGCGAGGCGCAAAGAGGAAGAGGAAGCGGCAGCGGCAGCGGCAGCGGCAGCUGGGUUGCGGAUGCAGAGGGGCCUGGGGGACUGGGACUGGAGACCGUCGGCGAGGAUCCUCGAGAACCCGCGGCAUAA